AUGCAGCCCAACUACCCGCAGCGUGGCUUCGGCGGCCAGGCGCCGCCCCAGCAGCAGCAGCAGCAGCAGCAGCAGGCGCCUCGCAGCGGCGGUGGCUUCGCGCCCCCCAACGCUGGUGCGUCCUUCCUCUGCGUGUGCUACGGCAACAUGCCGUUCAACCAGCAACAGCAGCAGCAACAACAGCAGCCCAUGUCCCAGCCCAGUGCCGGCAACUUCCCGGGCCGCCCAGGCUUCCCCGGCGCGCAGCAGCCUCAGGCGCCGCACUCGGGCUUCGGCGGCCGCCCGGGCUUCCCUGGCCAGCCCGGCCCGCCGGCCCCAAGCUCCCAAGGCUCCUUCCGCCCUGGUCAACAGCCUGGACCACCGGCCCCGGGCUCGCAGGGAUCCCUGCGCCCUGGCCAGCAGGUUGGCCCUCCGAUGCAGGGCCCGCCCUCUUCGGGCGGCAACAGUGGGGUGCCUCAAGUGAACAGGGGCCCGCCCGGUGCGGCUCCAGGACGCGGUGGAUUCCCCGGCCAGGCGCCGCCGGCACCGGGUGGCUUUAACAAUGCGCCGCCUGCAGCGGGCCCGCCGUCGUUCCAGUCUGGCCCGCAGGGGCCACCUAGGCAGCACUUUCAGCAGGCACCCCCACCCCAAGGACAGCAGAAUGCCGGGCCGUACCCCGGACCUCCUGGCCCUGGUGCGCAGCCCUACGGUGCUCCUGGCGCCCCCGGGGCCUAUGGCCAGCCUCAACAAGGAUACCCUGGCCCGCAGCAGCAACAGCAACAGGCUUCCCAGGCGCCGAAGCAGCGUAUUGACCCGACGCAGAUCCCGCGCCCUGUCGUGUCGGCCGAGCGAGUGCAGUAUGUGGCCCGCGGACACACGGUGACGAUGCCGCCGGCGGCGUCCAGCGACUACGUCUGCGUGGACGAAGGCUGCUGCAAUCCGCGCUUCAUUCGCCCGACGCUGAACCACGUGCCUGCAACGAAGGACCUGCUGAAGCAGUGUGGCCUGCCCCUGGCUGCGGUUAUCUGCCCGCUUGCCGACCUGCAAGAGGACGAGCUGCCCAUCCCGCUGGUGGACUUUGGCCCCAGCGGUCCGCUGCGAUGCACGCGCUGUGCUGCUUACGUGAACUCCUUCACCAAGUUUAUCCAGGGCGGUCGCAAGUUUGUCUGCAACAUUUGCCAGCUCCACAACGAGACCCCGCGCGACUACUACUGCAGCGUGGACCAGUACGGCAAGCGCCGCGAUAUUCAGGAGCGUGCGGAGCUGUCGCGUGGCUCGGUGGAGUACGUUGUGCCCGCAGCCUACACGAUUCGUCCGCCGCAGGAGCCCAUUCUGGUGUUCGUUCUCGACGUGUCGCUCUUUUCGUUCCAGACGGGGCUAGCUACGAGUGCGCUGCAAACGAUCCAGUACCUCCUGCCGUCGAUGGCGCAAAACAAGCGCAAGAAGGUGGGUAUUGUGACCUUCGACACGGCCGUGCACUACUACCGCAUGGACAAUGGUUCGUCUUCUAUCUCGAUGAACAUUUGCCCCGACGUUGAUGACCCGGUCGCGCCGCUGCCUCCCAGUAGCUGGCUUGUUUCCAUGGACGAUCCGGCCGCCGCUGAAAAAAUUACAGAGCUGUCGGAGGUCAUUACCCGCUCAUUCGAGAACACUACUAAAAACCAGGCGGUGUCGGGUGCAGCGCUAUGGAGUGUGGCGGACGCUCUUUCCGUAUCAGGUGGACGAGUUGUGUUGCUCCACGCUGGGGCUCCUCGCGUGGGUGUUGGCAGGGUGAAGCGUGAAGAAGUGAGUGGUGCUUACGGUACGACGAAGGAGGUGGAUCUGUACACUCCGGAGGAUAACAACGCCUACGAGGCCUUGGCUCGCCAGUGCGCUGAGAACCACAUUUCCGUUGACGUGUUCUCGGUCGACAACACGUUCGCGUCGCUGGCUGAUGUGGGCCGUGUGUGCGAGUUGACUGGUGGCCGAGUGCAGUACAUGCCCCAGUUCGAGAAGGAGCAGUCCAGCAAUCGUCAUCAUCUUACGAGCAUGCUCCAGCGGCUCGUGGACCGUGACUGCGGAUACGAGGCCGUGCUCAAGGUGCGAUGCAGCGCCGGCCUGCGGGUCGAGCACUCUUACGGAAACUUUUUCAACGCGCGCGGUGGCAACGCUUUUACGACAGAUGAAAUGGAGUUUGCUGUGAUUGACCAGGACCGUUCGAUGUGCGUGACGUUCGCGUACGACGAACCUCUUGCGGAGGGCACGGACGCGUACAUUCAGGCAGCGUUGUUGUAUACACGUAGUGAUGGAUUGCGCUGUGUGCGCGUGCAUAACCUCGCGCUGCAGGUGGAGCCAUUACUAUCAAAUGUCUUCCGCUUCGCUGACCUCGAUGCCACUUGCUCCGUGUGGCAGCGCUCGGCAGCGCGCCAGUUCGUGGACAAACAACUGAUGCGUGCGACUCCUAUGGCCGUCAAGGAAUCGCUGGUUGACCAGUGUGUGACUGUGCUAUUCAACUACCGCAAAUACUGCGCAUCAUCUUCGUCCUCCGGACAACUCAUCUUGCCCGAGUCGCUCAAGUUGUUGCCGCUGUACACACUCGCAACGCUCAAGAGCCGAGCACUACGUGGAAACCUCGUUGGGAACCCUCCACGCGGCUUCAUUGAUGUGCGUGCGGACGAGCGCGUGAUGAUGAUGGGCCUGCUGAACAGUCUCCCUGUGGAGUUUUGCGUAUCGGCUGUCUACCCCAAGCUGUACAGCGUGCACGACUUGGCGGAAGACUGCUGUACACUGGACGAGGACGGCAAGUUUAUUCUCCCACCGCAGCUCCCGCCUACUGCUGAGAAGCUUGACGAGGAGGGCAUUUUCCUGUUGCAUUCUGCAAUGUGCUGCUACAUCUACAUCGGUCCCAAGGCCUCGCCUGAGUUGCUGCUCGAGCUCUUCGGCGUGGACCACGCCGACACAGCCGAGCAGACACUAACGCUGUUCGAGACGCUCGACAACGAGCCUCCUGAGGGCGAUGGCGAUGGAAUGAAGGAUCGCACACGCAACGACGUGUCCUACGUAGAGUUUCUGGUGCAGGUGCACAAGAAGAUUCAGUACAAGUUCCACUAG